AUGCCACCCGAUCUUCCAGGUUUCUACUUCGAUGCGGAAAAGAACCGAUACUUCAAGAUCCAGGCCAACCACGUCGCGCCCACGGGGUCCAAAUACAGCCGUCAAGCCGUCAAGGCCGAGACGGUCAUCAAAAAGGACCAACGGCGCGUGGAACGAAACCGGCGCGCCAAGCUCGCCACCACGGUGACGAGGUCCAAAGUCCUACACCACCCACUGCUCUCGUUCGACAGACGACUAGGCGACCUGCGACGCAGUGCCAGGACCGGCGUGGCCGAAUACUACGCCGCCAGUCUCCAUGGCGCGGACGCAUUGGGCGGGGCGUCCGCCUCCUCCUCCUCCUCCUCCGCCUCCUCCUCCGCCUCCUCCAUCACCCCUAAUUCAGGCCGCUUCGCCGUGGACCACGAUUCCGGAACCCUCUUCGGCGACUUCACAUGGUCUCCGUCUCCUUACCACCGCAGCGCGAGGAUGUUGGCCCUGUAUCGCGACAGGAACCCCUUCUUCGACGACGACGACGAUCAGCGAUAUCCCGGUGACGACGGAUCCUGGCGGAGCACGCCGCACCCGGAGUCGACGGGACCGCUGUACUCGCUCAAGCGCGGGCACUUUGAUACGAUCGCGAGCGUGGCGCGCGUCCAGGCCCUCGUGUCCGUCGGACGCGGCAUGAUGGCCUGGGUGCAGAGCAGCGCGCGCGAAGGCAGCCCGCAGGAAUCGCGCGUCAAAGUGGCUUCCUGCGCGGCAUCACCGUCGUGGAGUGGCCGGGUCGACGACCGGGUCAACGAGUCGGCGUUCUACAACCGCAUCGUGGACCUCGCCGUGCGGCCUACCGCUGCCGGUGGCGGCGGUCACGAAACCACCAACGACAAUAUAGCACUCGCGACGGGCAGCUCCGUAUGGCUCAUGGACGUCAGCGUCACGGACCCGCGACGCCACGACUGUACACAGUACCCGCUCAACCAAGCCGACGGGACCAACGACGUGAUGAAGGUGCACUUUCUCGACCACAACGUGCUGAUGUGCGGCACGCGGUCCGGCAAGAUGUUGCUCCUGGACGUGCGAGAGCCACCGCCUGCCUCUAAAGCGCGCGUCGGCGCGUCCACGCGCAUCCAACAUUCCAGCGCCAUCACCAACAUGCGGGCCCUGCCGGACGGGGUCGGGCCGUCAUCCUCGCACAUCCUGCUCGCCGGCCUAGGCAGCACGAGCGUGUACGACCUGCGCUUCACCCCACCACCCUGUCUAAAGUGCCAUCUGCCCCGGGCGAACAGCUACCGCCAGUCCCGGCCCUUGGUGUGCUUCGACAUCCCUGUACCGAGGCGCCAGAGCCACUACGGUCUGGGCUGGGCUUACGAUCCCGAGUUGAACCUCGUGGUCGCCGCGUCGACGGACUAUGUGGACAAUCAUCGCGUGGGCGUCUGGAAUGCCGGCACGGGGAGGAUGGUGGCGGCCGCGAGUCCGUUGAACGAGUUCGUCUUCUCUGCGCCCGUGACGUGCGUCGAGGUGGCCAGGGUGAGGGAUGGGCCGAAGAGUGUUUUGCUCAGUUGUGCUGGCGUGGGAGGCGGCGUUAUCGAGUGGAGUGCGCAGGGCGGGAGAAGUGUCGACCACGGACAGACAGAGUGA